GAGGGGGUCAACGGAGUAGUCAAGACCGAGCACAGUGGAGACCCCCCAUGACACGUUUUGCGUGCGGCGAAGAUGGACACUAUUCCAAUCAGUGUGGGAAUCCGAGACCAGGAUGGCGAGGUUCCCACCAGUCAAGACCCUCGAGCUCGUUAGACUCGAGGAGAGGAAGGUCGUAUUCACCUCGAAGGUAUCACCGAGGUAUGAGCUCCGAAGACAAGGAAGUACAGUCUCAGGUCAAAGAGAUCGGACAAAGUAUCGCUGCAAUGAAAGAAUACAUCGAAGCUGACCGCGCGAAGAAAGAAGCCAAGAUCCAGAAGAAAGCGGAGAAGGAGGCUGAGAAACGAGCAAAGGAAGAGAAGGAAGCGAGAGAGAAGAAAGCUAGGAAGAAGGCCGAGAAAGCUAAGUUGGAAGAAGAAAGACUGGCGGCUAUGAGGAAAGACAUGGAUGUGCACCUGAAGGUAACUGUGAAAGAAGCCAUGAACGAAGCUUGCUCCGAGUUCCGCAAAGCAAUGAUUGCGGCGAAGCUGAAGGAGAAGAUGAAAGGGAAGCGAAGAGUUACAUACGUAUCGGAUGAAGGCGAGAAAAGGGGACCUGAGCCGGUGUUCAAAGAUAGUCCACUGAUGGAGGGACUGGCCAAGCGUACUCCGAAGCAGACCCCUAAACGAGGUAUCCUCAAGCCGGUAAAGCUGACACCGAGACUGACUCGGUCAAAGACUAAGCCGAAGGUAAAGGUAUCACCUACUGUUAAGGAGCGUUUUGCAUCAGCAGUAAAACGGAAGAUCCCGGCACGUAUCGGCUUAGUAGGUCGGUAUAUGUUCAGAGAUGAGGUCAUGCGUCAGCUGAAGAAUUAUGACACUAUCACACUCCAAAACUUGUGCAACGAUGAAGGCGUGCCAUAUAACGGCAAAAUCGAUGCCAUCUUCGACUUGGUGGAGCAUCGUACUUGCGACGCAUACGGCACAGAGGAUGAAGGCGAAGGGCUUGGGGGUGAGAAGCGUGACAAUGAAGAAGAAAGUACCACCGAGGACACCGGGGGAGCUGAAGAUAUCGCAGAGUGAUGCGGCUUUGGUAUUCUCGAGUAUUGGAGGCUAUGCGAAAUUCUGGUUGAAGUGAGAGGUAAGUUGGAGAGUUACGAUCGU